UCUACGUCACAGUAUACGCGGUGUACACAGUAGAACAUUGUGUACAGUUUAAAAAAUGGGGAAAGCUGAUUUUUUCAGUCCUAAAGCCAUUAGUAAUCGGAUUAAAGCGAAAGGGCUGCAGAAGUUACGGUGGUUCUGCCAAAUGUGUGAGAAACAGUGUCGAGAUGAAAAUGGGUUUAGAUGCCACUGCAUGAGUGAGUCUCAUCAGAGGCGGUUAUUGCUGGUCUCGGAAAAUCCCAAAUUUAUGGACUACUUUUCAGACGAGUUCAAGAACGACUUUUUGGAGCUGCUAAGAAGACGUUUUGGAACAAAACGAGUUCACAACAAUAUUGUGUAUAAUGAGUACAUCAGUAAUCGGGAACACGUUCACAUGAACUCGACUCAGUGGGAGACUCUUACAGAAUUUACCAAAUGGCUGGGGAGAGAAGGUUUUUGUAAAGUGGACGAAACGCCCAAAGGCUGGUACGUUCAGUACAUUGAUCGUGACCUGGAAACGAUCCGCAAUCUGAAGAAAGAGCUGAAGAGAAAGAAGAAGCAGGCUCUGGAUGAUGAAGAGCGAAGGGCCAAGUUCAUUGAACAACAAGUGCGACGAGGCAGAGAGGGCAAAGAGCCGGAGAAGGAGCCUGUUUUUACUAAACGAAAAAGGGGUAAUGAAGAGAAAAUUUCCUUCAAAUUGGCUGCCAGAUCUUCAUCCUCAGGCCCAGCCAAAGAAAGCACAUCUAUGGUUUCCAAUGCCCUUAAAUCAUCAGCAUCUGGCAAAAGAAAAGACAUCUCUCACAGCGCCGACUCCAAGGAGAAGAAGAAGAAAUCGGCUCUUGACGAGAUCAUGGAGAUGGAGGCGAAGGAAAAGAAAUCCGUGAAGUUGGACAACUGGAUUCGGCCAGACAAGGUGGUCAAGGUCGUCACCAAGAGUCUGGGAGACAAGUACUACAAGAAGAAAGCUGUCAUUCGGGUCAGUCAGCGCUCUGACCAUCCCAUACAUCUGUGAUUUAUAUUUUUUGAAGCGAGUUCAAGAACGACUUUUUGGAGCUGCUAAGAUGAUGUUUUGGUUUGAUUUCACUUAAAAUUAAUCAUAAAUACUGUAAAUUAGUUAUUUUAAUUGUAUUUACAGUUCAUGGCAAUUGUUUUAGUACAGUAUGCAAUCUCAAUAACUGUUUUUAUUCUUGAAGGAAAAAAACGAGUUCACACCAAUAUCGUGUAUAAUGAGUACAUCAGUAAUCGGGAACACGUUCACAUGAACUCGACUCAGUGGGAGACUCUUACAGAAUUGACCAAAUGGCUGGGGAGAGAAGGUUUAAUACACAGCUAUAGUCAAGCUGAUCGACUCAGGAGACAAAAGCCCAAAGCCACCUGGAGACAGUGAUUCCAGCACCGGGUAACAUAUCAUCAUUCCACAGCUGGGGCCAAAACAUGUCUUAAAACAGUGAAUAUCGUAUUACAAACUAAAAAUUUUUUUGGUUCAAACUUUUUAUUGUAGUCGUCAUCAUGACAGAUAUAAAUUUAAGCGAUUGUCCAUCCAAUAUAAACAUGCAAAAAACAAUAAAGCAAGCAUCAAGUACAAUCAAACAAGAACCAACAACCACAACCAUUGAAAAAAAAAAAAUAGAAUAAAAAAUAUAUAUAAUAAUAUAUAUAUAAUAUAAAAUUAAUAAUAAAAAUAUAUAAAAAGUAAAAAAAUUACACUAAGCAGAAGGCAGAAAAUUGAGAGAUUUAAAAUAUGAAAUAAAAGAUUGCCAUUUUUUAAGAAAGCAACUACUCCCAGAGCAUCUAAUCUUUUCUAGUUUAAGAAAGAACAUGGUAUCUACAAGCCAUUGAGACGCAGUAGGAGACUUAGCAGAUUUCCAGUGGAUCGGAAUACGGCGCCUAGCCAUUAAAAAGGUAAAUGCCAAAAUAUCGAGUUGUUUGGAACUAAACUGAGACCAGACCCGUGGAACCCCAAAAAUUGCAAUAGCAAGGCAAACAUCAAUACCAACCCGGAGCACCUUGGACAUCACUGUAAAACAGUUAAUCCAGUAAGCUUGCAGCUUAUAACAAGUGAAAAACAUGUGACUUAGAUUGCACUGAGAUGCUUGACAUCUGUCCUCUACAGUCGAAUAUAUUGCAGCCUUAGAGAAAUGAAUUCUGUGUAGUACUUUAAACUGUAUAGGGCUCAGACGAGCACAUUGAAAGAACCGAAACAGAUGGAAAUCAGCAGAUAAUUGCAAAAGGUACCUUCUUUAUAUAGGUCUUGAAAGCAUCUAAUGCCUUUUCUGUACCAUUGCUUAAAAACAGGGUCAUUAUAAUAGAUGGUGGAAACAUGCGAUUGUCCUGUAACGGCAUUAAUGCUGAGGCAGAGAUAAAUUUGAAGUGUCGCCUGAAGUAACGUUACAAGAUAGGGGUGAAGUAAGCAAUGCCAAUAAUGAGGUGGAUACGAGGCCGAGAGGGCAAAGAGCCGGAGAAGGAGCCUGUAUUUACUGAACUGAAACAGGAUAAUGAAGAAGAGAAAGUUGCCUUCACCUUGGCUGCUGGCUCUUUCUCUUCAGGCCCAGCCAAAGCAAGCACAUCUCUGGUUGAAAAGAAGACACCUCUCACAGCGCCCACUCCAAGGAGGAAAAGAGAAACUUUUGGCCAGUCAAUUUUGAGAAUUACAUAAAUAUUGGAAAUUGGAAAAGUUGCUGCUUAAGUUUUAGCAAUUUGCAUAUACUUCGGAAUGUUAUGAAGAUUGAUCAGAUAAAUUGCAUAGUCCUUCUUUGCCAUGAAAAUUAACUUAAUCCCAAAAAAACUGCAGUUCAUUGCCACUGCAGUUCAUUGCUGUCAUUAAAGGACCUGCUGAGAACAUUUCAGUAAUCGUCUUGUUAACUCAGGUGACAAUGUUGACGAGCACAAGGCUGGAGAUCAUUAUGUCAGGCUGAUUGGGUUAGAAUGGCAGACUUGACAUGUUAAAAGGAGGGUGGUGCUUGAAAUCAUUGUUCUUCCAUUGUUAACCAUAGUGACCUGCAAAAAAACUCGUGCAGCCACCAUUGCGUUGCAUAAAAAUGGCUUCACAGGCAAGGACAUUGUGGCUACUAAGAUUGCACCUAAAUCAACAAUUUAUAGGAUCGUCCAGAACUUCAAGGAAGGAGGUUCAAUUGUUGUUAAUAAGGCUUCAGGGCGUCCAAGAAAGUCCAGCAAGCGCCAGGAUCGUCUCCUAAAGAGGAUUCAGCUGCGGGAUCGGAGUGCCACCAGUGCAGAGCAUGCGGUGUGAACGCAUCUGCACGCACAGUAAGGCGAAGACUUUUGGAAGAUGGCCUGGUGUCAAGAAGCAAAGAAGCCACUUCUCUCCAAAAAAAAAAACAUCAGGGACAGAUUGAUCUUCUGCAGAAAGUAUGGUGAAUGGACUGCUGAGGACUGGGGCAAAGUCAUAUUCUCCGAUGAAGUCUCUUUCCGAUUGUUUGGGGCAUCUAGAAAAAGGCUUGUCCGGAGAAGGAAAGGUGAGCGCUACCAUGAGUCCUGUGUCAUGCCAACAGUAAAGCAUCCAGAGACCAUUCAUGUGUGGGGUUGCUUCUCAUCCAUGGGAGUGGGCUCACUCACAAUUUUGCCCCAAAACACAGCCCUAAAUAAGGAAUGGUACCAAAGCAAGUUUAUUUGUAUAGCACAUUUCAUACACAAUGGUAAUUCAAAGUGCUUUACAUAGAAAAAAAGAAAAAUCAUAAAAUGAAAUUAAAGAUAAUGGCAAUGAAACUUUUUAACGAAAACUUUUAAAGUUUAUUUAAAAUAAAAAAAAAAGUUUGCAAUAAAUUUUAAACUAAUUUAAAUGUAAUUUAAGAUGACCAAAACACCCUCCAACAGCAACUUCUUCCAACAAUCCAACAACAGUUUGGUGAAGAACAAUGCAUUUUCCAGCACGAUGGAGCACCGUGCCAUAAGGCAAAAGUGAUAACUAAGUGGCUCGGGGACCAAAACGUUGAAAUUUUGGGUCCAUGGCCUGGAAACUCCCCAGAUCUUAAUCCAAUUGAGAACUUGUGGUCAAUCCUCAAGAGGCGGGUGGACAAACAAAACCCCAUUAAUUCUGACAAACUCCAAGCAGUGAUUAUGAAAGAAGGGGUUGCUAUCAGUCAGGAUUUGGCCCAGAAGUUGAUUGAGAGCAUGCCCAGUCGAAUUGCAGAGGUCAUGAAAAAGAAGGGUCAACACUGCAAAUACUGACUAUUUGCAUAAAUUUCAUGUAAUUGUCGAUAAAAGCCUUUGAAACGUAUGAAGUAUUUGUAAUUAUAUUUCAGUACAUUACAUAAACAACUGAAACAAAUAUCAAAAAGCAGUUUAGCAGCAAACAUUGUGAAAACUAAUAUCUGUGUCAUUCUCAACUUUUGGCCACAACUGUAGAGUUCAAGUUCAAGUAGGCUUUAUUGUCACUUCAACCAUAUACAGUUAGUACACAGUGAAAAGAUACAACGUUCCUCCAGGACCAAGGUGCUACAUGCAACAUAAAUUAACAGAAAAACUAAACUAGCUAACUAAGAGGCCUAGUUAGCUGACUAGCAGAGACAAGACAGAUUGACCUAACAUAAAUUAACAAAAACUAACUAGCUAAGGAAGACUAUCUACAGGGUUUUUACAGACAAUAUAAAGUGCACGUGCAAAUGUGCAAACGAAAGCAACAAAAUGACAGCGCAACAACAUAACAUAAUAAUGUGUUGAGGUGAUGAGGUAGUGGAAAAACAGUAAACAUUCCUUAACUUAACAGCAAGAAUUAAGAAGUUAGUGCAAAAAGUAGUCCAGUAAUGAAUAUUGUGCAAAAGAGCAUUUACAGGUUGGUAAGUACGAUAGUUUGGUGGUGUAGGUCAGUGUGUUUGCACUUUGUGUUGAUUAGUCAGUCCAGUCUCAAUGCUUUGAGGUAAUCGAGUUAAGCUGAGUGAUAAUGUUUGUGUGUGUGUGUUUGUGAGUGUUUAUCAGUCCAGACCCUUUUUGUUGAGAAGACGGAUAGCUUGUGGAAAAAAACUGUUGCACAGUCUGGAUGUGUGUGCCCGAAUGCUUCGGUACCUUUUUCCAGAUGGCAGGAGUGAAGAAGAGUGUGAGAGGGACGUGUACGAUUAGCCACAAUGCUGGUGGCUUUGCGGAUGCAGCGUGUGGUGUAGAUGUCCUCAAUAGAGGAUAGUGAGACCCCGAUGAUCUUCUCUGCUGUUCUCACUAUCCGCUGUAGGGUCUUGUGGUCCGAUAUGGCACAAUUCCCAAACCAGACAGUGAUACAGCCGCUCAGGAUGCUCUCGAUAGUUCCUCUAUAGAAGGUGGUCAGGAUCGGUGGUGGAAGCUGGGCCUUCCUCAGUCUUUUCAGAAAGAAGAGACGCUGGGCGGUAUGACCAAAAAUUUAUAUCACAGUAUUUUUCUAAAUUAUAUCCAUGUCACGGUAUUUGAUGGUAUUUUUUUUUUCCAUGCAUGAUUAGGUGUUAACCCAUUUUCCUAAUAAAUUAGAUAAUUACCGCAGUAUAUUGGCUUACAUUGACCGGACUAGUAUUAACCCAGGUUUGAUUGGUCUCACAAAAUGCUGCUGUUUACAAAGAGGUGACAGUGGCACUCAUAAUUGUAAUGACGUGAAAUCAGAAUUCAUGACUUGCAGUCAAAAUACACAACACUUUUUUGUGCAAGUUUUGCAACUUGAAAACAUCUUUAAGUUGGCUACAAUGUAAACAAGCAGUCCCCUUAGUAAACGCGUCUUUGAGUGCCGUCUGAGUCGCGUUUUGUGUUGUAGUGCCAACUUUAUCGUUACCUGCAGAUGUGGAAGAGGAUGCAGAUAUUAGUUUCUUCCCCUUUUAAAAAAAUGUCCCGCUGCGGGAUGUUCCACUGCUCCGUGUUCCCGACGCUUUGUACGCACACACUCACUGGUAUUGAGGUAUAUGAAAAAUUAAUAUCAUUUUUUAAAAAAAGGUUUACCUUUUCGGUAUGAAAAGGUAAACCGCCCAGCCCUAGUUUCUUCUAUACAGUUCUCAUGUGUAAGGCAAUUUUAAUUAAACUAGGGCUGCAACAACUAUUUGAUGGCAACGAAUUUCAUAAUCGAUUCGUUGUGAUGCGGACACAUUUGAUUAUAAAAAAAAUAAAAACUUUAGCGGAGUAAACACACUUGGUCUCAAGCACUGAUGCUAGCAGAGUUCGGCGCCUCAUAAACAGGGCGGAGCAAAGAAAAAAAUACGAGCGGAGAUAGAGUAAAGAGACAUAGCGAAGGCUGCUGGGUCUUAGUGCUCGUCUUUUACUGGUAUAAUCAACAUCCGUGCACGCGUGUACUGUUUACUAUAACACUGUAACCACGCGUGCGCGCGUAAAACAUAUUUUAUUUUGUGUCUGUAUGCGUGUGUGUGUGCAGUGCGCGUGUAAAGUAAAAGCAAGUCUCAUGAGGGACGUUAAAAAUCCAUGUUCUCUCUCUGCUCAAGGCUUAGCCUGCUCCUUGGCUGCUUACGUGCGUGCGCAGGCGUCAUUGGACGCCGUGCCUCACACACACAGACCCCUCCUACUUUCACCUUCACAGACACACACUCUCUCUGCUUUACACAAACACUGCUCUGUCGAGAUUCUUUUCAAAGGUAAAGUGCAGGUUAAUUUGUUUUAUUUUUACUUUACAGCAGCGAUUCUUUUAGUGUGUUUUUUAAAAAUUAAAUUUGGUUUUCGAGUGUUUUGGAAUACGAGCCGCUUCCGGAACUAAUUAUCCAAGGUUCCACUAUAUCUAUUUGGCAGAUGUAAAGCAUACAUGUCCAUGUUUUUUGUGUUAAUCCAUUUUUAUUUUAUUUGAUACAGCUCAAGGAGCAACAUGUUUGUGCAUUUUCUAAAGGUUUUUGUCCUGUUUUUGAAUAAAGGGUUGGAAAUGAA